AUGAAUUCUUAUGGAAAUAUUCCAAAGUACAAAUUAAAGGCUGAUAUUCUUAGUUUUCAUGGUGGUUUACAUAUUGAAGAUAUGCUGGAUUGGUUAUAUGAAGUAGAAUCGUUUUUCACUUUUAUGGAAGUCCCUGAUUCUUCUAAAGUGAAACUAGUAGCAUACAAGCUUAAAGGCGGAGCUGCAUCUUGGUGGGAAACUCUUUGUGAUAAUCGACGUAAGUAUCACAAACCUCUUAUACAAACUUGGAAGAGGAUGCGUGACUUAUUAAGAGCUAAAUUUUUACCACAAGAUUUUAAACAACAUCUGUUUCUCAGGCUUCAAAACUGUCGACAAGGUGAUAUACUAGUAGAGGAAUAUGUAGCUGAAUUUUAUGCAUUAAUUGCUCGAAACAGAUUGAAUGAAACUGAGGAACAGUUGGUUGCACGUUUUAUAGAUGGUUUGAAUAGCCUAAUUCAGCAGGGAAUGACACAAUCUGCGUUUAUAAUGGUUGAAGCUAUUCAACAAGCUAUUAAGAUUGAAAGACGUGUAUUAAAUACUUCCAGGUUAGCAUCACCUCGACAAGCUCGUUAUCAACACUUUUAUAAAGCUGCAAAACCAUAUAAUUCCCAACAUUAUUAUGGUACCCAAGGUGAAAAAGGAUCAACCGAAGUUGUUGAUCCACAAGAGCGAAGUUAUAGUCGACAUGUUCAACACCCAUCAGCUCCAAAUUUUUCAUUCAAUCAAACACCUCUUCCUUCAGAAAAUGCACCAUUAAUGAAUAUUCCAGCUGCUAAACCACCUCAAGGUACAAACCAAAGAGAUGCUGCUCCAAAUACUAGAGAGGAUAAACUUUGUAGUAUGAUUAUCGACAGUGGAAGUACUGAAAAUUAUGUAGCUGCACAGUUAGUUGAGAAGUUGGGUUUACCAGUAACUUUUCAUCCAAUUCCAUACUUUGUUGGGUGGAUAAACAGUUCUUCUACUCAAAAGAUAACUCAUCAGUGUUUGGUUAAGUUUUCAUUCCCUGGAUAUGAAGAUUAUGCUCUUUGUGACGUGAUUAAUAUGAGUGCUGCAAAUCUACUUUUGGGAAGGCCAUGGCAGUAUGAUAUUUGUGUUGUUCAUAACUGCUAUGAGAAUACGUACACUUUCAUUCAUGAUUUUACUAAAGUAUUAUGGACUUUACAAUCUUCUACUUCAACAAGAGAACACUCUGAACCGGAGACAACUACCCUAGUUGCUUCCAUUACUCGAUCUUUACAACAAACUCAUACUUUGAGUUCUCAUGAGUCUACUAAGCCGAUGGUGGAGUUUCCUUCUAAGGUUUUUACAAAGCUUGAUCUACGAAGUGGUUAUCAUCAAAUACGCAUUCGUGUAGGUGAUGAAUGGAAGACUGCAUUUAAAACUCGUGAAGGAUUAUAUGAAUGGCUUGUAAUGCCAUUUGGUUUAUCUAAUGCUCCUAGCACGUUUAUGCAUCUUAUGAAUCAAGUCUUGCAGCCUUUUUUAGGAAAAUUUGUCAUCGUAUACUUUGAUGAUAUUUUGAUCUACAGUCGCAAUGAGGAAGAACGUCUUGAACAUUUAUCUCAGGUUAAAGCCAUUGUCGAUUGGCCUAAUCCUUCUUCUAUUCGUGAAGUGCGAAGUUUUCAUGGGUUAGCCUCUUUUUAUAGAAUAUUUGUCAAGAAUUUCAAUACUAUUGCAUCUGGUCUUACGGAUUGUUUAAAACGUGACACAUUUGUGUGGACUGAAGAAGCAGAUAAGAGCUUCAAUUUACUCAAGAAAAAGCUAUGUAGUGCUCUUGUCCUUGUUAUUCCAAACUUUGACAAGCCUUUUGAAAUACAUUGUGAUGCUUCCAUUGUUGCCAAAGUUAAUAGAAUGCAUGAUAGGUGGUUGUCAACUAUAAAUCAAUAUACUUUCUCAAUAAGACAUAAGAGUGGAAAAUUAAAUCAAGUAGCUGAUGCCUUGAGUAGAAGAGAUCAUCUUCUUGUCACUCUCAAACAUGAGAGUUUGGCUUUUGAUUUUCUAAAAAACCUCUAUAGUGAAGACAAGGAUUUUCAGAGUUUGUGGGAGAAAUGUAGUUCUUCAACAGGCGUUGUUAAUGAUUUCCUCAUUCAAGAUGGUUUUCUUUUUAAAGGAAAUCGUUUAUGUAUUCCACAAUCCUCUUUACGUCUUCAUCUAAUCAUGGAAUUGCAUGGCAGUGGUCUUGGUGGACAUUUUGGACGUGAUAAAACCAUUUCUCUGGUUGAAGCACGUUAUUUCUGGCCUUCAUUGAAAUGA